AUGUCGAGGUCUCCAAGGCCCAGAAGGAUGAGCUUGUCCUCUCUGGCAACUCCCUUGAGUCCGUCUCCCAGUCUGCUGCCGACAUCCAGCAGAUCUGCAAGGUCCGCAACAAGGAUAUCCGUAAGUUCCUUGACGGUAUGUACGUCUCCGAGAAGGGCAACAUUGUCGAGGACCAGUAAAUGCGACAUCAACACAUAUUGUGAUGGUUUAGUGUUUUCGAGGCUUUUCGUCUCUGCGGGAAAUCAAAAUACUACUGGGUUCUGGUCUGGGUUCUUACGACAGGAGUGGCCGGGGUUCAAUCAUUUGCAGGCACAGCAUAGCACCUGA